GUUCGCGCGCGCCGGGAGCGGAAGCGGAAGCGGCGAGUCUCCAUGGCGGCAGCGGCGGCGGCGGCGGCGGGGCCGGUGUUCUGGAGGCGGCUGCUGGGUCUCCUGCCUGGGCGUCCCGGGCUGGCCGCGCUCCUAGGGCGCCUGUCCGACCGCCUCGGCAGGAACCGGGACCGCCGGCGCAGGAGGUCACCAUGGCUGUUACUGGCUCCCUUGCUGUCCCCAACUGUUCCCCAGGUCACCUCCCCGCCUUGCUGCCUCUGUCCAGAGGGCGUGCACAGGUUCCAGUGGAUCAGAAACCUGGUUCCAGAGUUCGGCGUCUCCAGCUCACAUGUCAGGGUACUUUCUUCCCCGGCAGAGUUUUUCGAGCUCAUGAAGGGGCAGAUACAAGUGGCCAAGAGGCGAGUCGUGAUGGCGUCCCUCUACCUGGGGACAGGUCCUUUGGAGCAGGAGCUGGUGGAUUGUCUGGAAAGUACUCUAGAAAAGUCUCUCCAAGCAAAGUUUCCUUCAGAUCUCAAGGUCUCCAUCCUCUUGGACUUCACACGGGGCUCAAGAGGCAGGAAUAACUCUCGCACGAUGCUGCUUCCGCUUUUGCAGAGGUUUCCAGAACAGGUUCGAGUCUCCCUCUUUCAUACACCAAACCUCCGCGGGCUUCUCCGGCUCCUUAUCCCCGAGCGCUUCAACGAGACCAUUGGCCUCCAGCACAUCAAGGUGUACCUCUUUGACAACAACAUCAUCUUGAGUGGUGCAAACCUGAGCGACUCCUACUUCACCAACCGCCAGGAUCGCUACGUGUUCUUGCAGGACUGUGCAGAGAUUGCUGACUUCUUCACAGAACUGGUAGACGCAGUGGGGGACGUGUCCCUGCAGCUGCAGGGGGAUGACACAGUGCAGGUGGUGGACGGGAUGGUGCAUCCUUACAAAGGUGACCGGGCUGCAUACUGUAAGGCAGCCAAUAAAAGAGUCAUGGAUGUGAUCAACUCAGCUAGGACCCGCCAGCAAAUGCUGCAUGCUCAGACCUUCCACAGCGACUCCCUUUUGACCCAGGAAGAUGCAGCGGCUGCUGGUGAUCGGAGGCCAGCCCCUGACACCUGGAUUUAUCCGUUGAUUCAGAUGAAGCCCUUUGAGAUUCAGAUUGAUGAGAUUGUCACUGAGACCCUGCUGACUGAGGCUGAGCGAGGCGCGAAGGUCUACCUUACUACUGGCUACUUCAAUCUGACCCAGGCCUACAUGGACCUGGUCUUGGGCACGCGGGCUGAGUACCAGAUCCUGCUGGCCUCACCGGAGGUGAAUGGCUUCUUUGGGGCAAAGGGGGUGGCUGGUGCCAUCCCGGCAGCCUACGUACACAUCGAGCGGCAGUUCUACAGUGAGGUGUGCAGCCUGGGACAGCAGGAGCGGGUCCAGCUGCAGGAGUACUGGCGGAGGGGCUGGACAUUUCAUGCCAAAGGCCUCUGGCUGUACCUGGCAGGGAGCAGCCUGCCCUGUCUCACGCUGAUUGGCUCUCCUAAUUUUGGGUACAGGUCAGUUCACCGGGACCUGGAGGCCCAGAUCGCCAUCGUGACGGAGAAUCAGGCCUUGCAGCAGCAGCUUCACCAGGAGCAAGAGCAGCUCUACCUGAGGUCAGGUGUGGUGUCCUCUGCCACCUUUGAGCAGCCGAGUCGGCAAGUGAAGCUGUGGGUGAAGAUGGUGACUCCGCUGAUCAAGAACUUCUUCUGAGAAUAGUCAGGGAUGGCCCUGAUGAAGAUGACGGGCAUGGCCGGCGUCAGCUCCUUCAGCCGUGCUUCGGCGAUGACUCCGCUCUGUGCGUCCCAGCGAGCGCCUGUGGGGACAACACGGCUGAGACCGGCAGCCCCUGGAGGCGACCGGGUCCUAUCUGGCGUGCUGCCAGGAAGUGAGGGGCGGGCCCGGAAGGGGGGCCCGGCCCCACGCCUCCCGCCUUUCGCAGAGAAGGGCUUGUGCCCCGGGAUCCCUGACUGGGCUCUGCCCCACAGAGAGUUCAGGCGGGUGUCAGGGCCGUCCUGGCACAGUGUUGUGAGCAGAGCCUUUGCAGGCGAUGAUGUGCAUGUUGCAGCCGCCCCCUGUGUCGCGCUGUGCACUGGGGAGCAGCUCAGCGAAAACUGUUGGGUUCCAUCUGUUCCAGUCUGCGCUGUUUUCAGAGCCUCAUCUGCCAGCCUUCUUAAUGUCAGUGGCAGGAAACCAUAGCUCCAGCCGAAAAUUGCAGAUUAAAGUUCCCUGACCCUCUUCGUGUGUAGCAUUUGUCUGUGUGUACAUAUAUAGUAUAAAUAAUUAUACAUAGAUGCAUAUAUAAAUAUUAUUUGCCUUUAACCAGACUGCAAUUAUUUCUACUCAUCCUCUUUAAUGGUGUUUAUAUUUCCUGUAAUUCCAAAAUAAACAUGGAGAAUGGCUA